UGACCUCUUUACCCCGAGCACCACAGAGGAUGAUGAUUACCUGUAUUGUGAGAAGUGUCAGAAGUUCUUCCUGAAAAGCUGUGCUGCUCAUGGACCCCCAGUGUUCCUAAAGGACAACCCAGUGAAUAAGGGACAUCCUAGUCGUGCUCUCCUCAGUGUGCCCACUGGACUUAGAAUUGGCCCAUCCAGCAUUCCUGAGGCUGGGCUUGGAGUGUUUAAUGAAGCAUCUGAUCUGCCACUGGGGUUGCACUUUGGUCCUUUUGAGGGCAAGAUCACAGAAGUGAAACAGGAAUCCAACAGAGGGUACAGCUGGCAGGUAAGAACCAAGAGGAGAAACAGCUAUGAGUACAUGGAUGGUAAGGAUACUUCUUUGGCCAACUGGAUGAGGUAUGGGAACUGUGCCCGGAAUGAUGAGGAGCAGAAUUUGGUGGCCUUCCAAUACCACAGAUGGAUAUUUUACCACACCUGCCAAGUCAUCAAACCAGGCUGUGAACUUCUAAUAUGGUAUGGGGAUGAGUAUGGAAGGAAGCAUGAGUAUCAAAGGAAGCAGUGGAAAGAAAAAGAAGGAAAGAAAAAGGAAGAACUCACCACAGUGAGAG